AACUUUGUGCGCGGUCGCAUCGCACAAUCUGAAUACUUUGUGGGCAUUCAAUUGCAAGCCAUACAACUAACAAAUAUACGGAAAACUUAAGUUGCAACAAAACUAUAAAAAAUUGUAUGAAACUACAUUAAAAAUCACAUUUGAAGUUUUCAUUUGAUAGAUAAGAUUAAGGAUGCAGGAUUUCAGACGCGCGAAAGUAUCUCUUUUCGUCGUAAUUGUCAAUAUGAUGAUAUUUGGUUUGUCAGCGCACUCUAUUUCGCCGCGUAAACGUCGUUUUCACACUUCAUACAUAUGGACAGCCUAUUCGAUGACUAUAACGCUCUUGUUCACAAUGUCAUAUGGCCGCAGUGUAUUUGAAGAUUAUCUAACAAACAAUUUUGAUUUGAAAAAUGCCGCUAAAUUACACAGUUAUAUGAAUAUCACCGCUAGCCUGGUAAACUACCUGACAGCUCUCAUACUACCACGCGUGUUUGUGCGCUUUCUGAACAGCGUGCCACUAUUUGAAAUUAUGCAGUUCUUCGAUGUCAGCCCAAAAAUGGUGAUGCUAUCCAUCAGAUUAGUGGUGCUUAAAGCCAUACUAAUACCAAUAAUGCACGAAGUGACUUUGAUAUUGCAGCAAAUACACAAUGAUCCCGAUAAGAAUAUCGCAUGGACGUUAUAUACGCUCUUGCCUAUGCUAAUUGCACAAAUGUUUCCCAACCUCUACUUUGGCAGUUUAGUUAUAUGCAAAGCGCUUGUAACAGUGUUGAAUGAGCAUUUGAAUGAAAUUGUGAAUGAGGUCAACUGGAUGCAGAGCGCACUGCAAAUUCCUUUGCAUAAACCAUACUACCGCAUGCAGCGCUUUUGCACACUAGCCGAUCGUUUGGAUUUACUUGCGCAAAAAUAUAAUAUCAUUUGUGAGAAGACAACACAAUAUUUGCAAUUACUUUCUGCGCCAUUACUUUGCUCUUUGCUGUGCAAUUUGUGCGGCAUAACAGCGGGUUGCUUUACACAAUAUAUGUCAAUUGCCGAUACGUUGAUUAACAAAGAGCCCUAUGACUAUUUCAAGGCCAUAACGAAUGCUAUAUUUUUGGCGAUAUGCGUGAUCGAAGUGCUAUUGCAAGGCCACAUUUGUGAUGACAACCGGCUGAUGGUGCAAGAAACGGGCCUAAUACUGCAGCGCAUCAACCUCACACACGCCGACAUACGUUUCAAGCAAUCAGUAGAGCACUUUUCUUUGCUUGUGCUGGCGAUUGACUAUAAAAUUCAACCGCUCGGCUUGUUAGAAAUAAAUAUUUCGAUUGUUCAAGAUGUACUAUCGGCGGUCGCGAGUUUUCUACUAAUAUUUAUCCAGAGCGAUCUUACGCUGCGCUUUUCACUAAUGUAAAAAUUGUGUUUGACUUACCUGACUGAACUGCAUGAGGUUAUCCGACUACAAAGAGAUUAAGAGAGACAGAAAUUUGGUCAGCAUAUACAUAAAUGUGAAGGAAAUUUAAUAUUUUGCAAUUCACUUACAUUAAGACCUUGCAGAUAUGCAUACGGCUCAUCAUUUGGGCUGCAAAAGUAAUACAAAUUAAUUACAUAGUUUUGAGGUUC